AUUUUCACUGCCGUGAAGAAAUGUUGGGCAUCUCAAUUUAGCCACAUAGCAACUCAAUACAAAAAGCAGAAUGGUCAGAUAAUAAAUUCACCAAUGGCAGUCGUUAUACAGAAGAUGGUACCCUCUGACGUGGCUGGUGUAUUAUUCACUUGUGAUCCCCUCACUGGAAAUCCAACUAAGAUGACCAUCACCGCAAACUAUGGACUUGGAGAGUCUGUUGUUUCGGCCUCAGAAGAACCAGAUACAGUUGAGCUUAUGAGAGAUUUUGAAGACAACUUGUAUGUUCACAAUAAAAUAAUUGGUGCCAAACGUCAAAGAAUUGUACUCCAAGGGAAUCAAUCUGGAGGGACGGAAGUACAAGAUAUUUCAGAAAAUGAUCGGAAUUCAUGUUGUUUAACUGAUGAAAUGUCACUCCGUUUAGGAAAACUGGCUGUCAAAGUAA